UUAACCUUGAUUGGAAACCACUGCCAGGUCGAGCAAGCCUGUGUGGCAAGUCUGCAUGCUGGCUCUUUUCCUUUGCGUAUUACGAACCACACAACAGUUGGCGAUGGAUUGGAGCUCAAUCAUGCGUUGAUGUACUUUAGUCGGCACGAGACCGUAAACCCUAAACAUCUUUUUUGGCUCGUCUUUAGAUCGACUCAUUAACGGAAGGGCAGUGAUCGCAGGUGGAUCGCAGUUUCAGUCUGAAGUCAGAAUCGAUCGCGCGUGGCAGUUGGGGGCAAGAUGUGGCGAAGUUUGGUGAUUUUGGUUGCUUUGGCGGGUGCAGAAUUGAGCGCGAGACGUAUUCCCAUGAGAAGCAUCAAUGCUCCAUCUAAUGUGCCUUACUGGAAGAAUCGCCGCGAGUACUCGAUGAUUCCGUUGAAACGAUACGUGGACCACGAUAACGGUGAUGAAUGCAAGUGUAUCAAACAAUUGCGCCUUUUGAGGAAGCCGAGUAUGAGAGCCGUAAUUAGAAGAAGCGAUAUUACAGCGGCGGAAUCUGAAGAAAUGAUUGAAAACUACAUAGAAGACUACCUACUUCGAUUGUACCUAAAUCGAGAAUUGGUAAGGCCGCCACCCUUCACCUCCAAAAAGAGCGCCAAAGCCAAAUCUCGCACCGAGAAGCAAGUUCAACGGCUGCCAUCCUUUCAGCACGAAAAAGCCGAAUAUUCCGACGAAGAAAAUUUCAGAAUGUCACAUAACAGUAGAUUUUACAGCCAAGAACCUGUUCCAGGACAGCUACUGUACCCACCAGUUUCUCCAAAGUUCCAACCAGUAGCCAAAGCUUAUGCCAACCCCUACGUCAGUGGCUUGACGAAACCCCGGUACGUUUCAUCGAUGUUGAUUCCGCAUUUCCUGAAUCAAACCAUUGCGAAACCAAACGAAACGGUACGAAACAUUCUCCGACUAAACUCAACGGAAGCGGAAGACCAUACGGUGGUGGCGCCGAAGCGAAUUCGGUAUGGUAAAAAUUCGGGUUAUAUAAAUAUGCAGAGCUACAAUAAAAGUGACGCUGGUUCAGUGUAGGAGGA